CCAAUCAGCGCGGCUUCUCCUUCCUUCGUUCCUUAGUCUUCAAAUUCAUUACUUCUCUUCUGCCUUCUUCUUUACCUUCUGCUUCUGGUUUUCCUGCGAAUUUAACUCAUCUACUUCGAAGCUUUAUCAGUGAAAUUCAUGGCUAAUCAUUAUCGUCGUCAUCAUGAAGCAUUUGACGAGGAGUGUGAUUACCUGUUCAAAGCCGUUCUGAUUGGGGAUUCAGGAGUCGGGAAAUCGAAUCUUCUUUCGAGGUUCGCGAACGAUGAAUUCCGUUUGGAUUCGAAGCCAACCAUCGGAGUCGAAUUUGCUUACAGAAACAUCAAAGUCGCCGAUAAACUCAUCAAAGCUCAGAUAUGGGACACCGCCGGCCAAGAAAGGUUUAGAGCAAUCACGAGUUCAUACUACAGAGGAGCCUUGGGAGCAUUACUAGUGUACGACAUUACCAAAAAGGAAACCUACGAGAGCGUGAGAAAAUGGCUUAGGGAGCUCCGGGAGUUUGGGAACGACGACAUGGUCAUCAUCCUGGUUGGCAACAAAUCCGAUCUGAUGGAAUCAAGACAAGUGGAUGAAGAAGAAGGCAGGAAGCUGGCAGAAGCAGAAGGCCUGUGUUUCAUGGAAACCUCAGCAUUGCAGAAUGUCAACGUUGAAGAAGCCUUCUUGCAUAUGAUCAACAAGAUUCAUGAUAUCACCAACCACAAGAUGACCUUGGAAGCUGCUAACGACAUUAAUAAUGUUGCCAGAUACAAUAUUCCUUCUGGGAAGGAGAUCAAUUUGGCUCUUGACGAAGUUACUGCUACCAAACAGCCCACUAAUUGCUGUUCUAGAUGAUUCAUUAUGAAUCCCUUUAAUUUGAUUUUUCGAUUUCAUUUGCCACUAUAUAUAUAUAUAUAGCCUUGUGUAAAGAUCUUUAAGCUUUUGAUGACAUCGAGUUUUUUUAGUUGAAAA